AUGGUCGCCGCGCGAACGAGGAGGCGCCUGUGCCCGGUGGCGAGGAACGCGCUUGACCCCAAGCGGCGGCGGCGGGAGCUGCGGAGACGAAGAAAUGCCCGAGAUUUUUUCACCCCCCCUGCCUCACCCCAGGCCGCGGCGGUCCCUCCUACCCGGCGCCGAUCCGCCCGCCCUCCUCCCUGCUCGUCGCCGCUGCGGCGUCCCCUCCUCCCCGGCGCCGAUCCGCCCUCCCCUACUCCCUGCUCGCCGCCGCUGCGGAGCUUGGCGGAUCUUGGCGGCGGCGCACGAGCUCUCCGGCCUGGACCUCAGCGAAUCUCGGCGCCGGCGUUCAAGCUCUCUGGCAGUCUGGCCUCGAGCUCGGUGGAUCUCAUCGGCAGCGGUCGAGCUCUCCGGCCUGGAGCUCGGCGGACCUUGGCGGUGCAGCUCGGCACGGCUUGGCAACGGCCCCGCCUGCCGCCUCCCUCCUCGGCGCCUCCCUUGCAAGAACCGCCUCGCCGGCCAUGCCGCAAGCUGGUUCCAGCGCUCCUCCGGCCACGCCCUCCUCCUCCCCUGCUCUCCUCGGCCUCGCGCCGUCGUACAGCCUCCGUCCGCCCCCUGUUCUCCACGGCCUGGCGCCAGCGUGCAGCCUCCGUCCACCCCCUGCUCUACAUCUUCGAGUCCCUCUACUCCUAUGUAUCCCUCGGUAGCGCACUACACAUUCGACUCCCUCGCAACCUCCAAGAACGCCGCCGCCAACAUGACCCGCAUCCUCUCUCCGGUUUCGACAACCGCCUCUCCUCCAUCGCCAAUGACCAUCUCUUCCCCUCCCCGGACGUCCCCUCCUGCUCCGGCUCCGGCUCCGCCUCGGGUCCUCUGUCUGCGAGAUCCCCGCCACCACCGCCUUCGACGCUACGGACCGGGUCAUCCAGCUCUGGGACGCCACCAUGGAGGCGCUCCUCUUCGUGGCCCCUGGAGGACGAUGUUCUGCAGUACCUCGUCGCGGUCGAGGCCGGCGGCUUGUGCGUAGGCAUCGCCAUGUAGCUCGCCAUGGCACAACUCGACUAGGAGCUCCGUCACCUCAUGGCUAUUGUGCAGGUAAUUUGGUUCCAGAUGUGCUACUGAUGGCACAUAAAUAAGUGCCUGGGAAGUCGAACUGCUGAUGAGAAGAACUAUUUUGACGGCCAUCUUGCACCAUUUUAUAGGAUUGAGCAAGUAUUUUCAACUCUUGUAACUUUCUAUUAUAAAUUGUAUUAGCUGAAUUCCUGCCAUAUAAAACAGUUCUUUUUCUACGAUUGUUUUCACUCUUGAUGUCUUAAUUCUGGCUCAUUUGUCCAAUUACCCUGUUUUCCAACAAAGAUGAAUAUUCUUUUUUUCAACAAAUAAAGAUGAAUACUCUGAAAAGUCAAUUAUGUCGUCAGUUGUUGUUCUUAAUGCAGCUUGUGUUAACCACUUCUGCAUCUGGUGGAUCUGCAGCUCCUUUGAUUGUAAAUAAAUGAUAAUAAUAUAAAAUUACUUUUCUAGAUUUAGAAAAAGGUAGGAAAUUUUCAUGAUAACGUGAAUCUUGAGACUGCAUCUACCAUAUGGUUCUCAUGUUUCUUCUAAUCGUAAAGGUUGACGAUCUACGUGCAAAUUAUUAUAGGCCAACAGUGGCCAUUGCUGACAUUACAGAUUGUGCUACUCAAAGUGUUUUGCAGGUGAUUGUUCUACGGUACCUAUAGUAUAGUUUCUGUUUUGAAAUUAACAUGGUUUCUGAAGAAUAGACCAAUGUUUUACAUUCUUGUGUUGUGCUUAAUAUGGUUUAUACAAACUACUGUACAAAUGAUUAUUUCAAUGCUCAAUGCUGCAGUAUUGCCAGCUAGAUCCUAAAAAAUAUGAAGGUUCGGGGAUAGACCAUGCUAAUUUUGUUUUCAGGUAAUCUCUAUGGUUGAAGUAUCCUAUCAAUCCAUAUUUUCAGAUAGUGUUCUAGCAACUUCACUAAAAUUGGAGAUUGGGUUGAAUUAUGUUGUCAUACUUAUCGGAACAUGGAUUCAAUAAUAUAU